AUGGCACGUACCAAACAAACUGCACGAAAGUCAACCGGUGGAAAAGCUCCACGGAAACAGCUAGCCACAAAGGCAGCUCGUAAGAGCGCUCCUGCUACCGGUGGAGUCAAGAAACCUCAUCGUUACAGGCCUGGUACAGUCGCUCUUCGUGAGAUCCGUCGUUACCAGAAAUCCACCGAGCUGUUGAUCCGCAAGCUGCCCUUCCAGCGUCUUGUGCGAGAAAUCGCUCAAGACUUCAAGACUGAUCUGCGUUUCCAGAGCUCGGCUGUGAUGGCUCUUCAAGAAGCUAGCGAGGCUUACCUUGUUGGUCUGUUUGAAGACACCAACUUGUGCGCCAUCCACGCCAAGCGUGCAGCUCGUAAGAGCGCUCCUGCUACCGGUGGAGUCAAGAAACCUCAUCGUUACAGGCCUGGUACAGUCGCUCUUCGAGAGAUCCGUCGUUACCAGAAAUCCACCGAGCUGUUGAUCCGCAAGCUACCCUUCCAGCGUCUUGUGCGAGAAAUUGCUCAAGACUUCAAGACUGAUCUGCGUUUUCAGAGCUCGGCUGUGAUGGCUCUUCAAGAAGCUAGCGAGGCUUACCUUGUUGGUCUGUUUGAAGACACCAACUUGUGCGCCAUCCACGCCAAGCGCGUCACCAUCAUGCCCAAGGACAUUCAGUUGGCCCGCCGAAUCCGCGGCGAACGAGCAUAAGUGGACCGUACACUUCAAAUUACAAACGGCUCCUUUAGGAGCCACCAUAUGAAUAAAAAGCAAUGACCACGUAAAUAAUUCCUCUUUAGAAAGAAAUAUUUUUAUUCAGGGUCAGAUAUUAUUUGAGAAUGUUUAUCUAACUUUUCAUUGAGUCAUCAUGCUUUACCUACUUUCCAAAUCUAAACCAUUUUAUGCACUCAAAGAAAGUCUUUAUUUUUCAGUAAGAUCGCUUACUGACUUUCGUACUUCUGGCAGCUAGGGCUAGGAAAAUCGGCAUAACUUGAAGACGAGAUCAUGUGAAGAUGGAAAGUUCAGUAUGGUUUUAUUGGCUGAAAAUCAGAGUAGACUCGAUUACUCGCACCCAAACUCACGGCUCACGGAACUUGAAACAGCAAGUGCACUCGAAUUUCUCUCCGCCCCGAUUCGCGUGCUCGGGUUUCGCGAGUGUCUUCGCUUUUAUGGGUGCUUCUAUAACUCUCUAACGCUUUGAUAUUCAUUAAAAAGUUUUUGAAAGUAAA